AUUCUUAAAAUUGCCAUUUACGCCCCUUUUACCAAGGACCCGCCAACAUGGGCCUCAUUCGCACCAAAACCGUGAAGAAGGCGGCCUGGGGCAUCACAGAAAAGUACUACACGUGCCUGGGCAACGACUUCCACACUAACAAGCGCGUGUGUGAGGAGAUCGCCAUUAUUCCCAGCAAGAAGCUCUGCAGCAAGAUAGCGGGCUAUGUCACGCAUCUGAUGAAGCGGAUUCAGAAAGGCCCAGGAAGAGGUAUCUCCAUCAAUCUGCAGGAGGAGGAGAGAGAAAGGAGAGAGAAUUAUGUUUCUGAGGUCUCAGCCUUGGAUCAGGAGAUAAUUGAAGUAGAUCCUGACAGUAAGGAAAUGCUGAGGCUUUUGGACUUCGGCAGUCUGUGCAACCCGCAGGUCACUCAGCCUACAGUUGGGAUGAAUUUUAAAAUGCCUCGGGACCUGUUUGAAUUUUUUCUGCAAUGCUGUACUAUUUUCAAUAAAUCUGGGACAACAACAACAACAACAAAAAAUUGCCAUUUACAAGGACUCAAAAUUUUGUUUUCUCAACAUAAUCUUUUCCUCAUAUUAUACUGA